GGCGGCAGCAGCAGCAGGAGGAGGACAGGAACUCUGCAGCCAGCCUGAGUUUUAGAGCUGUUUGAUGUUGUUCGUCUGCCUUUGGGACUUACCAUGGCUCCCUUUGGAAGGAAUCUCUUAAAGACCCGGCACAAAAAUAGAUCACCAGUGAAAGAGAUGGGCUCCACUGACCGAGAAAUUGUAGUCUGGGUUUGCCAGGAAGAGAAAAUUGUUAGUGGACUGACGAAGCACACAACUUGCAUGCAAGUAAUCGAAGCUCUGCUUGAAGAACACCAGGCCACCUUUGCAGAAAAGAGGUUUCUCUUUGGCCAGCCCAAAGAUUACUGCAUUAUAGAAAAAUGGAGAGGUUCUGAACGGGUGCUUCCACCUCUCACAAAGAUGCUAAGACUCUGGAAAGCGUGGGGGGAGGAACAGCCAAAUUUGCACUUUGUCUUGGUCAAAGCAGAUGCCUUCAUCCCCUUCCCUUUGUGGAGGACAGCUGAAGCUAAGGUAGUACCAAAUCUGGAAAAACCCUGGGACCUCAGCCCAGCAAACUACAUGAAGAUGUUGCCAGUGGACAAGCAAAAGAGGAUUGUUAGGAAAACUUUCCGGAAGCUGGCAAAACUUAGACAGGAAGGGGUUCUGCAAGAGAGGGACAAUAUAGAGACACUCAUCCACUUGAUCCUUUCUCAGGAUCACACCAUUCACCAACAAAUCAACAGAAUGAAGGAACUAGAUUUAGAAAUUGAACAGUGUGAAGCCCAAUUUCUCCUCGAGUGUCUUGAAAGUGAUGGAGAAAACUAUGUGCAGGAGUCCUACUUAAUGGCUACGUCUACUAGUGCUGAGGAGCAACCAAUGGAAAUGCCUCCCAGCUGUCAGCAGGUGCAGGAAAGCCCAUGUAAAACUGAGGGGAUUUUGCAAGUGGAAGAAAGACUGAAGCACCACAAGUUGCUGAUUGAAAAGCUCUCUGCCGAAAUCGAACAAGAGGUUAAGGGGAUUGAGAAAAAUGGAGACAUAUGGACAGAGGAAGCAUCUAAGGCUGGCAUGGAAAAUUCGGAUGUAGAAAGUAUCAAGGAUGAGCUGGAAAAAAGUAUGAAAGAUGCCUUAAGGAUCCAUUCGCAACUGAACUGCAUCCAGCAGGACCUAAAAUAUAGGGACCUGAUGCUUCAAAAGAAGGAAAACGAGUAUGAACUUCUUGCAGAAGAGCUUAAUGCUUUGCCUGCAAAAGAUGCAACUGAAUACAGGUACCCACCUAGUGAGGAGCAAGCAAAGGACAAUGAAAUUGCCACCAAGAGUUUCAUCGGGACAGACCUUCUUCACAAAGUGACUAAUUUAGACAUAAAUGAUACAGACUCGGAUACUGGAAUCAGUUCUACUCACAGUCAAGACUCAGAAACAGCAAUAGGGGACACAUUACUGUUGUCCACAUAGUUGAAAAAAUGCUGCUUAUUUUACUGAGAACUAUUUAAUAUCCAUGCCUUGGAAAGACAAUGGGAUAAUAUAGAUAAGAUUGUAUUUUUUAUUGUGUAAAGUUCUUGUGGGAAAAGAGUUUCCAAACUGCCUUGAGGGGGUAUAUUUAAUAAAUAAAUAAAUAAAUAAAUAAAUAAAUAUUCUUUUGUCACACAAUUCAGAAAUCUAGUUAAUUCCCAGCUAUUACAGAGGGAGGCAUGUAGAAUUAAAUUUCCUGAUUGAAAUAAUGUUGCUUAUUCAGUCAAAUCACAGUUCAUAUUGUCAUGUUGUAGAGCAUUUCAAAUGCAUUUAAUUAAGAAAAGACUAAGAAGGUCUGGUGGUAAUGAACCAUGAGCUGAGAUCUAAAUCCAUUGCUCAAUAAGUUAUCAACCUACAAAUCAUGUAUCUCUGGACUUCCCCUGGGAAUAUUGCUUUUCAAUUUGUACAUACCAACCACUGCCAAUGCAAUGCAUUUAAUAGCUCUGGAGAUCAUGACCCUGUUCACUGCAUCAUCUGAAUGAUCUGACUGAAUAUCCUUUUACCAGGGUUGUUUCUAGGCACUUAAAAAGAUUCAGGAACCAGACCCAUA